AUGGCAGAGUAUGAAACUUGUGUUCUGGGGAUUCAAGCUGAUAUUGGACAGAAUAUAAAGACCUUACGAAUUUAUGGAGAUUCAACCUUAGUGAUCUAUCAACUCAAAGGGGAGUGGGAGACAAAGGAUGUAAAGCUGGUAGAAUACAGAAACCUCAUAUCGGAUAUACUUGAAGACUUUGAUAAAGUCACUUUCCAUUACGUGCCUAGAGAAGAAAAUCAAAUGGCCGACACCUUAUUUACCUUGGUAGCAACUUUCAAGGCUGGCAGGGAGUCUGACAUGAUUCCAAUUGACAUGUGGUCGUAUGAGUACCCGACUCAUUGUUAUCAAAUCAAAGAGGUAAAAGAUACCAAACCUUGGUACUACGACAUCCUACAAUACAUUAACAAUCAAAUCUAUCCGGAAGAGACCACCGAAACUAACAAAAGAAUGAUAAGAAGAAUGACAUCCAAAUAUGUUAUGGAUGGAGAAAUCUUAUAUAAGAAAAGUCAUGAUCAAGUCUUGUUAACAUGUGUAUAUGCAGAAGAGGCAAAGAUGAGCUUGGAAGAAGUACAUUACGGAGUUUACGGAACUCAUAAGAAUGUCCAUAUGAUGUCAAGAAAAAAUAUGAGAUGCGGGUACUUCUGUUCUACAUUAUAG